UUCCGCUUCUGUCCUUUUUAAGAAUUUAAAUGCCCUAUGACCGCCAUAUGCCUUCGUCGCACAACUUUAGGCUAUCCCGCAAGCGCCAGUGCCUUGAGUAUCCUUCCGAUAACUGCGCCACAGAAGCUCAGCCAGUCUUACUGGGAUAACCUAUCAAAGGUUUGGUUAACCAAGAACGCGAUAAAAGAGCUAGACCGAAGAAAAAUCCCCUCAAGAGCCAUUGCAAAAGCUUCAUAGGCCCAUCAUUCAACAGUUUACUAAGCUAAAGCACUAUGAAAUGUUUUAUUUCGCUCCGGAUAUUCUUCAUGAUUGUCUGCCUGGUAGAGAGG